CGGUUAGUGGGGAGAAAACAGAAGCACGUGUGACAGCAGACAGAGCAGGUGCCUGUGUACUAAUUUGAAGUCAAAAUGCCAAAAUCCAAACGAGAUAAGAAGGUUUCUUUAACACAGACAAAGAGAAAAGGACUCGAGUUUAAACAGAAGAUAAUUGAGGAUAUCCAGACAUGCUGCGAUAAAUAUAAGAAUAUAUUCCUCUUCUCUGUACACAACAUGAGGAACACUCACCUUAAGGAGGUUCGUCAGAGCUGGAUAGGAAGUCGUUUUUACUUUGGAAAGAACAAAGUGAUGUCUUUGGCGCUAGGAAGGACUCAGGAGGAUGAAUAUAAAGACAAUCUUCACAAACUCAGUUCUCAGUUACGGGGACAGACAGGGCUUCUGUUCACCAACAAAUCAAAGAAAGAGGUUCUCAGUUUCUUUGAUGAGUACAGAGUGCCAGAUUACGCAAGAUCAGGAAAUCUGUGUCAACAAACCGUGAUGUUAGAUGAGGGACCUAUCCCAGAAUUCUCUCAUUCCAUGGAACCUCAACUGCGACAGCUAGGACUACCCACCUGUCUACAAAAAGGUGUGGUAACCUUACUGAAACCUCACACAGUGUGUGAAAAAGGGACUGUGCUGACACCGGAACAGGCCAGAAUUCUGAAACUCUUUGGACACAAGAUGGCAGAAUUUUAUGUAACAAUUGAGGGUAUGUGGUCAUCCAAUGGAAAGUGGGAGGUGAUAUCGGACAGGCCUGAACCCAUUAUACCCCCCAAAGUCACAGUUAAAGCUAAACCAAGGGAAGACAAUGAGGAAGAUGAUAUGGAGGAAGAGGAAGAUGAUGAAGAAGGAACGUGACAUCAGAAAGAACUGUGUACCUAUGUUAAUGUAAAUAAAAAAUAUUGUUUUUAA